AUGAGUGAGCCAAAGGCCAAGCGUUGGGUUGGAAAAUAUGAGGUUGGAAGAACACUUGGGGAACGUACUUUUGCGAAAGUGAGGUUUGCUCGGGAUUCUGAGACAGGAAAACCCGUGACUCUGAUGAUCCUUGAUAAAGAGAAGGUUCUCAAGCAUAAGUUGGCUGAACAAAUAAAGAGAGAAAUUUCUACUGUGAAGCUGAUAAACCAUCCAAAUGUAGUGCAACUGUAUGAGGUUUUGGCUAGCAAGGCGAAGAUAUAUAUUGUCCUAGAGUUCGUUAGUGGUGGAGAGCUUUUUGACAAAAUUAAAAAUGAUGGGCGCAUGAAAGAAGAGGAAGCACGGAGAUACUUUCAGCAGCUUAUCAAUGCAGUUGAUUACUGCCACAGCAGGGGAAUGUACCACAGAGACUUAAAGCCGGGAAAUUUGCUUCUUGAUGUUCAAGGAAAUUUGAAAGUCUCUGAUUUUGGAUUGAGUGCCUUGUGUCGACAAGUCGAGGGAGAUGGCAUUCGUCAGACCGAAUGUGGAACUCCAAGCUAUGCUGCUCCUGAGGUUCUUAAUGAUCAAGGCUAUGACGGAGCAGCUGCAGACUUGUGGUCCUGUGGAGUGAUACUCUUUGUACUACUUACUGGAUAUUUGCCUUUCGAGGAUUCUAAUCUAAAGAUCUCAUCUGCUGAAUUAAGUUGCCCUUCUUGGCUCUCUCCUGGUGCUAAGAACUUGCUCAUCCGAAUUCUGGAUCCAAAUCCUAUGACGCGGAUCACAAUUCCAGAUAUUUUGGAAGAUGCCUGGUUCAAGAAAGAUUACAAGCCAGCCGUGUUUGAAGAGACGAAAGAAGCAAGUUUGGCUGAUGUUGAAGCUGUUUUUAAAGAUUCCGAAGCUGUGACAGUGAAACUGAGGUCAAAUCCUUGUGUGAUAUGUUCAGGUGGAACUACUUGUGGCGAUGUUCGUUCAAGAACCAAACUGAUGAACGGCUUGAUAGAACGAGGGAGACCUCAGGAGGCUCAUUCCAUUUUCAACACACUUAUUGAGGAAGGCCACAAGCCGAGCAUCAUCACAUACACCACUCUCGUAACCGCAUUGACCCGUCAAAAGCAUUUCCACUCUCUCCUCUCCCUCAUCUCCAAAGUCGAGAAAAACGGCCUCAAACCUGACGCCAUUCUCUUCAACGCCAUCAUCAACGCCUCUUCCGAGUCAGGAAAUCUCAACCAAGCAAUGAAGAUGUUUAGAAAAAUGAAAGAAAGUGGAUGCAAACCCACAGCAAGCACAUUCAACACUCUCAUCAAAGGAUAUGGAAAAAUCGGUAAGCUGGAGGAAUCGUCAAGACUUCUUGAGAUGAUGUUACGUGAAGAGAUGCUCCAACCAAAUGACAGAACAUGUAACAUACUUGUCCAGGCCUGGUGUAACCAGAAGAGGAUUGAAGAAGCAUGGAACAUUGUAUUUAAAAUGCAGUCUUAUGGAGUAAAACCUGAUGUAGUCACGUUUAACACACUGGCAAGAGCGUAUGCACGGGUCGGGUCAACAUGUACAGCUGAGGAUAUGAUCAUCCCAAGAAUGUUACACAACAAAGUCAAACCGAAUGUCCGUACCUGCGGCAUCAUAAUGAAUGGCUACUGUGAAGAGGGCAACAUGGAAGAAGCUUUGAGGUUCUUCUAUAGAAUGAAAGAACUUGGAGUCCAUCCAAAUCUCUUUGUUUUUAACUCUCUAAUCAAAGGCUUCCUUGAGAUCAACGACAUGGAUGGAGUUGGCGAGGUAGUGGACCUGAUGGAAGAUUUCGGAGUAAAACCUGAUGUGGUAACAUUUAGCACUCUAAUGAAUGCAUGGAGCUCUGUAGGAGAUAUGAAAAGAUGCGAAGAGAUCUACGGAGAUAUGUUGGAAGGAGGAAUAGAUCCAGACAUUCAUGCAUUUAGCAUCCUUGCCAAAGGGUAUGCUCGAGCUGGAGAUCCCGAAAAGGCUGAGCAAAUCUUGAAUCAGAUGAGGAAAUUCGGCGUUCGUCCAAACGUGGUGAUCUACACAACGAUCAUAAGCGGCUGGUGCAGCGCGGGUGAGAUGAAGAAAGCGUUGCAGGUGUAUAACAGGAUGUGUGGAAUCGUUGGUUUAUCGCCUAACUUGACUACUUACGAGACUCUUAUUUGGGGGUUCGGGGAAGCGAAGCAGCCAUGGAAAGCGGAAGAGCUUCUGAAAGAUAUGGAAGAGAAGAAUGUUGUUCCCACGAGGAAGACUAUGCAACUCAUAGCUGAUGGAUGGAAAGCGAUUGGUGUUUCUAAUAACAGUGAUGCCAAUAAUACAUUUGGCUCUUCUUUCUCAACUUCCUCCAGACUCAAUAUCCCGAAUCAUAUCGUCCCGAUGAGAAGUCCGUUGUUUUUGAAGGGAAUGCCUGAGAAACCAAAGCUAUGCAUCAAGUCUAAGUUUGGUUUGAGGCAGAGUGUGUUGUUGGUGGUGUGCAGAGAGACCAGAUUGGGGAAGGUGGGAGAUUUUGCAAAUUCGUGUAGACUUGUUUUGCUUUAG